CUCAUCCCUGAGUCCGUUCUCGAUGUACCAACACAGCGAUUAUACGCCGUCUCUGCAUUCUUUCUCUUGCAGGCAUGGAAGUUGUAUGAGGUAGUAACACUAUACACCUCCACAGAAGGUGACCUGGGGAUGGCUUGGACGUUCAAGUGGAUGGCCUUCGACGGACUCUUUCUUACAAUCUUACCACUGUUAUCAAUCCCAUGGCUCAGUUUCCAGCAGACAACAACAAUCAUUCAAAUCUGCAUCAUUUGCUUGCUCGACUUUGGUGUGUCCAUGAGAUUGCAGAUUCCCCUCGGCGCGAUCUUCUGGGGCAUCGUUCGUCUUUUCUAUGACAAAGAGCUUGCCCUUUCUGGGAACAGGGUGAGCGUGAACGACAUCAUCUACAAUUCAUCUCACAUUCUAGGACGUUACACUGUCAAUUUGCUGCCAGAAUCCACAGCAAAACUCAAUCCGGCAGCGUCCGCUUUCUGUCUUGGAGAGUCAAUCGACGAGGUAACGCUGCCGAUCAGACUCAACUCGACCGUACCCAUUUACUUGCAAUACUCGCGUACCGACCUCGAAACAUCGGAAAAGACUUACUUCAACGUGACUGGUCGUGAUCUGAAAAGUAUCAUGUCGAACGCAGAAGACUAUGUCCCUGAAAGGGGUGUGCCUUCCAAAAAUGCAAAGUCCAAAGUCAAGGUCAUCACGUUGGACAUAGCGGAACCAGGACUCUACAAGCUUGAACGGGUUAUCGACAAGUCAAAGAUGGACGUCAGGCUAUAUCAAUCGUCGGCUUUGGUUGUCGAAUGCCCCACUGCUUCCUUCCACGUUGCUGAAGGUGCACGAAACCGACCAGACAGAUGUACGGGAGACUUUGAUGAGCUCACCCUGAAGGUACGAGGAGUCGCGCCUCUUACCGUCAAGUACAGUCAAUGGAUUGGGAAACGAAGGUCGACCACAACAUUCGAUUCUAUUUACCCUUCUACCGGUUUUCAAUCACCUGUUCUCAACUCUGAUUCAGAUACAGUAGCAUUGCACAACUUUGAUGACUACAGUUGGGCCUCUGCAACUGUGACUGACCUUUUGCUCAACUCAACGCUGCACACCUCUGGAGCAUGGACUUAUGAAAUUGAGGAAGUCACCGAUGCUGUCGGCAAUGUCGUCUCGCACCUGGCUGACCGCCGCUCCCAAGACGAAAAGGACAAUGUUGACAGCCUACGCUCGUUCAGAUUCAAUGUCCACGAAAGGCCUGAGUUGAGUUUUGGAAACUGUGAUGCGGACCGCCCGAUCAAGCUUCUGAAGGGGAGAACGGCACGUCUUCCCAUUUCUCUGAAAUCCUCUGACCUUCCUGUUGGAGCACGUGUUGGCUAUGUCAACUCGACUUCCAUCAUGAGCGAACCUGACCCAGCAAGCCUCGACUACGAUAUCUUGCAAAUGGUUGAACUGAGUGGAAGACAUGAUUACGUCGAGGCUCAACGAGCCGGAGUGUACUAUCUGCUCGAUGUGAAAAGCCAGUUUUGCAGGGGCCGCGUGAUGUCGCCAAGUGCGUGCAUGGUAUAUACUCCCCCGGAACCGGCAGUUUCCGUCGCGUUCGAGGAGAUCAAGGAUAAAUGCGCUGGAUCCAUUGGAGUUACGGCCGAUCUCACUUUUAUGGGUGCUCCUCCUUUCGAGGUUGCCUACCGGAUCACCAAGGAUAAGAAGCAUGUACAAGUCAAUCGAGUCAAGAUCUCUCGAUCUCGGCAUCAGUUGAAAUUCAUGCCUGAAGAAGCUGGGCACUAUGACUACCAGUUCCUCAGUCUGGAUGAUGACAAUUACAUCGGGGUACCAUUGGAUUCCAAACCCUUCCAGACUGAGGCAAAGGUCUUCCCGCUUGCCGGCGCGUCUUUCGUGGAUGCUGGACGGCUGUCCCAAUACCAGACAUGCAUUGGUGGCACUGUCGAUCUUGAUGUUAAACUCAUCGGAAUGGGACCGUGGAAAUUGACUUACGACAUCAUUCAUGACGGCCAACGACAGCAAUAUUCUGCCGGCGAGAUUACAACGUCUAUCUACAAGAUCACUACACCUCCUCUCACGGGCGGCUCACAUACUGUAACGCUGGUUAGCAUCGAGGAUUCGCAUGGCUGCAAAACCAUGCUCGGAGAACGAGAUGCCGUUGUUGAAGUGCGGAGACAACGUCCCACGGCUGCUUUCAAUGGUGGUGCUGUUCGUACCACUGCCGGCUCCAGGGUUAAGCUUCCCGUGCGGUUGACCGGUGAUGCUCCUUGGGAGGUCAAGUACACUGUCCCCGGUCUGGGGAGCUUGCCAGUUCUUACUGUGAUACGUGAUCCUAAUGGAUUUAUCGAAGCUGAGGAGGAAGGCGAGUACGAGAUUGUGGAGGUGAAAGACAGGUAUUGCCCUGGCUUUGUUAGCACGACGCAUAAAAAUGCAGCCGUGGAAUGGUUGGAGAGGCCGAGCUUGUCCCUUGGCGUGGACGCCGGCUCAUUGCGUGAGGGUGAUGUUUAUACUCGUAAGUCUGUCUGUGAAGGCGCCGAGGACGUAUUCGAAAUCAGCUGCCGUGGUCUUUCGCCGUUCACUGUCGAUUACGAAAUCAUCCACGCCGCCGAAGACGGUAAAGAACUCAGUCGCGAACAUCGUGAAUUGACCGUACCUCAGGAGAUUGCAUCAAUCAGGAUGCACACUGGUCGUGCGGGCACGUGGAGAUACGAAUUUAAGGGGAUUUCCGACGCCCGGUACAGCACCCCAUCGGCACCAAACGUUACAGACGGCAAAGGAGUACUCGUCUUGGAACAGAUCAUCAAUCCACGUCCUGAAGCACGCUUUGCUGAGGCAGGAAAAGUAUAUCGGUUUUGUUCACAAGACGCAAUCGAUGAUCAAACCAACAUCGAAACUAUACCUCUGACUUUCAAGGGGAAAGCGCCUUUUGCAGUCACCUUCGACGUCAAGCAUGACAGAUCUGGGGAGACCGAGUCUUUCGUCGUGAAUGCAGUGCGUUCCUCAGAAUACGCAUUGCGUGUUCCACGGGAGGCCCUUACUCUUGGCGAUCAUGUCAUUACGAUUACGCAGGUCAGCGACGCCAACGGAUGCAUCCGAUCACGCCAGGACCACGCUCAGAAGGUCACGGUCUCUGUUACCGAGCCAGCAUCGAUUGUCCCGAUUGAUAAUCGCAUUGAUUAUUGCGUGGGUGACAGAAUCGGUUUUGCUCUUCAGGGAACGCCGCCAUUUGAUAUCGAGUAUGUCUUCGACGGCAAGAAGCGUGUCGCUGUUGCUUCAACCUCGACGUUCUCUCGUGUUGCUGAAAGACCGGGAAACUUUACUGUGGUUGCUCUUUCGGACCAUGUGAAUAAUUGCAAGGUGGCAGUGGAGCUUUCCAAGACUAUACAUGAUCUCCCAUCCCUGAGAAUCCGUGAGGGUUUGACCGUGGUGGAGGAUAUACAUGAAGGUGACCAAGCAGAGAUCACCUUCCACUUCACCGGGACAGCGCCUUUCUCGUUUACGUAUGUUCGGAGUGAAACGAAGAAGGGCAAACGACGAAUUCUAGAGACACACACCGUCACUGACGUAAACAGCGAUCACUAUACUAUAUUCACGUCUCAACAUGGAGAUUAUGAGGUGCUUGAAGUUCGUGAUGCUUGGUGUCAAUUCCCACGCGAACCUCUUCACUCCGGUGGAAAGGGUGGUCAGAAGCUUUUGCAGCAUACAGAUAGUUCUGGCUAAUCCACACAGGCAAAGCACACAGCACAAUUAGCCAAGCUAAU